AUGGUUAUAGCCUGCGUGUUAGAGUGAGCGAGUGAAAAUUAGAAAGAGAGAGAGAGGGAGCGAGUGAGCGAGAGAGAGAGAGUUCGAGAGAGAGAAAGAGAGUUUCUGUGCAAAGGAGUCUUUUUAACGGAGAAACCAAAAAAAAAAGGGGAAAAAAAAUAAAGAACCGCGGGAUAUAAUGUAUUUACUGCGAAAGCAAGACUGGAAACACCGACGACAAGAAUGACUUUCCUGUCCAUGAGUGAUGGUGGUUAGAUGAAGUGACUUGGAUUAUUUCACAAUCGUCUGAGGUCCACUUUGGUCCAGAAUCUGGACUGUGUUUACUUUUGGAUCGUGUUAGAGAUGUCCUCAGAACUGGCUGCAGGUUUGAUCCUUAGGGUUCUACUGCCCCUCACCCUGACAGCAGCAUGCGUACUGCGCUACAAUGGUUUCUCUCUGGUCUACGUUGUCCUGCUGCUGCUGAUGCCGCUGCUGCAGGAUCCUACCUCCAACGCAGGGAACACGAGUCGCUGUGUGAUGUCACUUUGUAUCUGCAGCUUUCUCUUCCUUUUACUGCAGACCUUCAUGCAGGUUACAACUGCUACUCUACAACCUGAAUUCAAUUGUACGUCGUGGCAAAGAUCUCUCGCACAGCUUGGCCUUGUCGGUCUGACAGGAAGUGAUUCAGGUUCUGCAGUGAGACAGGUCCUUCCAGAUGUUGGUGUAUUAGUCAUCAGUCUGGUGACCUGGAGACUCAUUAUGAGACUGAACAGUGACACACACACACAGUCUCAGCAGGAGCAGGAUCAGAUCUUUGAGAGGGAUUCCAUGCCAGGACCAGAGGAGGAUGAGCAGGAUGAAAAUGACAGCAAAAUGAGGCUUCUGAUUGAACUGGAAUUACUGGUCUCGAGAUGUAGGGAUUUACUGGGAAACGUGACUGCAACUGGGGGGAAGGUUCUUCUGACGGCUCUACUGGGACUGACAGGUAUCACGUUCCCCUCGCUCUCGUCCCUGCUGUACCUCAUCUGCUUUCAGGUGUUGUGUACAUGGUGGGCAUGGUCAGGAAGGGUCCCCCCCCUCGUCUUCCGAUGUGUGUUAGUGAUGUCAAUGGUUUACAGCUCCUUCCACUUCUUGGUUUUCUAUUGUUACCAGCUUCCCUCAUUACAGGAGGUGUGGCCUCCUGAUUCCAUCUCUGCCAGUUUGUUUGGUUUGGUGCCUGUGGUGAUCGUGGACUGCGUUUCUCCCUGGACGCUGCAGCUGAACGCUGAGCUACGGUGGUUUCACUUUUGUAGUCCUCUGCUGUUGCUGCUGCUUCAUCACACCGUUGCCAGCCUGUGGAGGAACCGGCUUAUAGAUGAUGAUGAUGAUGAUGCUCAAAUAACCGAGUCAGCGGUAGGCAGAAGCAGUGAGGACAUCACUGCCACCAGCAUCUUAAGUGAUAAGUUCAGUGACGACAUCACGGCAGAGAGAAGGAGAGAAUUGUGGAGCGAAGCGCGUGAUCGGCCCAACUGCAUGGAAGUUUCAGCGACUGAGACGAGUCUCUCGGACUCCUUCGUCCUCCCUACGCAAAGCACUUCUCUUGGAUUGGAUGACUCCAGACCUCACUACUCUCUCAGCCAAUCAGACACCUUGGACACUUGUCUUUUUGAAGCAGACAAGUGGGUGGAGGAUGAGGUGCAAGAUGAGAAGGAUGGAGUCAGUGCUGCAUCCAUGGCAUUCAGCUUCUUACUCAAACAGAGCUACAUCUGUGCUCUAAUGGCCAUGAUGGCAUGGUCGGUCACGUAUGUGUCGUGGCUUACCUGUGUCUUGCUGCUGUGGUCAUGUGUCCUCUGGAUGAUGCGAGACCGCCGCCGCUACACACUAAUGUCAUCGCCCUGGUUGGUCGUAUACGGAAACCUAAUAGUAAUCCUGCAGUAUAUCUACAGCUUUCAUUCAAUACAAGAAGUGCCUGGACUGUUCCCUAAGAAAGAUGUCCCUUGCAGGGAGCUUGCCUCGAAGUUACUAUGUCUGUUGACGUUCUGGCUGUUGCUGCGUCAGGCGCUGACUGAGAAAAAGGACCGACGGACUGACGCGCUUCUCUCUACAAUCACUGUCCACACAGAGGAAAAUCAGAACGCUCGGAAAAACACAGAGGCAUCGUAUGAAGAAAUGCUGCUCAUUGAUGGCAGAGUAGGAAUCCAAAUGGAGACGCUGGUUGCUGUGGUCACCAGGAUGUUUGUUAAGUACUGGAUCUACGUGUGUGGAACCAUGUUUUUCUUCGUCAGCUUUGAGGGGAAAAUCGUCCUCUACAAAGUUAUCUACAUGGUCAUGUUCCUUUGCUGUGUCGCCCUCUAUCAGCUAAAUUAUGAACGCUGGCGUGCCUUACUUAGAGGAUUCUGGGUGGCUGUGGUGGUGUACUCUAUGAUGGUUUUGAUCCUGGUGUACACCUUUCAGUUUCCUUCGUCCCCUCUCACCUGGAGUUACUACACUGGACUGAGCACGCAUAGAUUAGAGGACAUUGGUCUGGAAAAGUUCUCAGUUCCUGUGCUUUUCACCAGGAUCUUCAUUCCCGCGUCAUUCCUACUGGUUUGUAUCAUUCACCUACACUACUUCCAUGAGCCGUUCCUACGGCUAACUGACCUGAAGACUGUGGUCGACACGCACAACAGCACCAUCACCAGAUUGGUUCAUUCUGAUGGUAGCCUGGUCGAUUUGUCGUUAAGUGGGCCUUCACCAGUUCUUCUGGAGACAGAGAAGAGAGAGGAGGCAAAGGUGAAGACUGAAGAUGAAUGGAAAGUGGAGGAGGAGGAGGAGGAGGAGGAGCAGGAGGAGGAGGAAGACCCCUCCAUGUUUGGCAAGGAAACAUUACCUGCCCACAACACAGUACUUGUCUCCUGGAGGUUGGUGGUCGAUCGUCUCUCGGUGCUGUUCCUGCGCUUUCUUCUUUCCCUGCAGUGCCUUCAACGCCUCCUUUGGUGGCUCCUGGAAUUACACAUCUUCAAAAUCGUAUCCUGCUACAUCGUCUGGGUUUCUGUUAAGGAGGUGUGUCUCUUUAACCUGCUCUUUGUGAUCCUCGUGUCACUGGCUCUGCCCUGCAGAACCUGGCGCCCGCUAAUGUCGGGGGUGUGCACAGUGUGGACAUGUGUGGUCACCGUCUGUAAAAUGUUAUACCAGCUCAAUGUAGUUCAGCCAACAAAAUACUCGUCCAACUGCACCAUGCCAGAAAAUUCGACUAUAGACCUUUCGCCUUCUCUCUUAUAUGCUGGUCCAAUUGACCCUGCUCAGUGGGUGGGGCUUUGGAAAACCAACGGAAAACUACUCGAUUACUUGAGACACAACAUAAUGUUGCUAGCACUGUUGGCAUUUGAGGUGACGAUUUACCGACAUCAGGAGCUCUAUCGUCUACGGCAUAAAAUAGUACUCCCCCCCACCAGAUCACUCUUUCAGGAUGUCACCCGGCAGCAUUUGGAUGACAACAUGUUAAGCUGCGUAAAAUACUUCCUCAACUACUUCUUCUACAAGUUUGGACUGGAGACCUGCUUCUUGCUGGCUAUCAACGUGAUUGGUCAGCGCAUGGAUCUUUUUGCUGUAGCCCACGCUUUUGGCCUUAUUACAGUCUUGUCACGACGCAGCAGAAAGCGCAUAUCUGCACUGUGGCCUAGAUAUUGCUACUUCCUGUCAGCUUUGUUGUGUUUCCAGUACGUACUGUGCAUUGGAUUUCCUCCCGCUGCUUGUAAAGAUUAUCCAUGGAGACCUCCAUUCUCAAACCUUGACUCCAACGUUGUGAAAUGGCUGUUUCUCCCUGAUCAUAUGAGUCCACCAAAUCCACUUUUCCUCCUGUAUGACUUCCUGCUCCUGCUCGGUGCCUCACUGCAGCUUCAGGUGUUUGAGGACGAAUUGAAGUCACCAGUUCAAGUUCUCGCAGGAGACAACAGUGAGCUGGACAAAGAGGAUGGACAGAUCAGUGACGUUAUCGCACAACUGCGCCUUAACAAAAUCCCUGAUUUCAUGCUUUGCAGGUCGUACCUUGACAUGAUUAAGGUCAUCAUCUUCAGCUACAUGUUCUGGUUUGUGCUCACCAUCAUCUUCAUCACAGGAACCACAAGGAUCAGUAUCUUCUGCAUGGGUUACCUGGUUGCCUGUUUCUACUUCCUGUUGGUGGGCGGAGACUUGCUGCUAAAACCGGUCAAAUCCAUCCUGCUUUACUGGGACUGUUUGAUUGGAUACAACGUGUUUGUCAUCACCAUGAAGAACAUUUUGUCAAUUCUGGCCUGUGGUUUUAUUAAAUCUUUAGUGUUAAAUCACUGUUGGCUGAUUCAGCUCUUCAGCCUGGCGUGCACCAUCAAGGGAUACACAAAGCCGGAACAACAGUACAGUAAACAAUGUGACUUGCCUAAUGACGAGGCGGGAAUCAUCUGGGAUGGUGUCUGUUUCUGUUUCCUGUUGCUGCAGAGGCGUGUCUUCAGGAGCCACUACUUUCUGUAUGUCGUGCUGGACCUGAGGAACACGCAGCUGCUGGCCUCCAGUUCUAUGGUGAGGAGUGGCGACUAUUACCUGUUUGAGACGGACAGCGAAGAAGAGGAUGAGGAAGAGAAGAAGGACGUUAAGAAGAAGAAAGAGGAGGAGCCUCCAGAGAAGUCUGCCUUUCAGUUUGUGUACCACGCCUGGAUAACUGACUCUAGAACAGCCAUGAGAGCCCGCUACAAACAAAGAAAGAAUCUUGAGAGGACCCGAAAGGAAAGCAAGGAGGACAAGAGGGGAGGUGAAAAGGGGAGAGGAAGACGCGAUGUCAAAGAGAUAAGGGAGAAGGAGGAUCGUGAAGAAGUGGAGGAGGAGCAGGAGGGAGAGCAGGAAGAGGACGAUGUUUCAGACACAGUUCUGCACCGGUUCUCCAACACGCUGCAGUUCUGUUGGGUUUUGCUGUCAGCUUUGCUCGACUCUCUGACGGCCUGUCUCAGGAGUCUCUGCGUGGAACAUAUCGACAUCUCGACCGUUCUGCGCAUCGAGCACUGCAUGCUCACUCAACAGGCCAAACAGGGUCACUUACCAAGCAGAGAGGCGAUCAGUGUCUACUACCAGGAGCAGAUGAUGAGAGCAUCAACAGAAUCUGGGUUGGAUACGGUGGAGCCUGAGGAAAGACAUGACGAAAGAGCUCAUUGUGAUGCUGAAGAGGUUGAAAAAGCUGAAAUAAAAUCAGACACUGGAGCACUAGCUACAGAUAUAUUGGACCCUACCCAUCCUACCCAUCAUCCUAAAACCGACUCCGACAUAGAAAAUGAACCAGAAGCUCCUGAUUGUGAUCAUAUACCAGAUGCAGCAGAUGGCACCCCUGCAUGUUUAAUAGCUAAAACCAGCCAGAGACCAAGAGUUAAACUGUCCAGGAUGAACCGGGUUCAGUCCGAUUCUUCAUCAUUAGAAGAUGAAAACCUCCCAUACAGUGAUUACGAAGGUGGGGAUAAGCCACUUCCUGUUGAUAUGCAGGGGUCACACACCUGCAGUAAAGCCUCUACUACUUCUUCUUCUGCUUCUUCGCUCACACUCCUCACUCCAUCAGUCAGCACCCCACUUCAGCGGGAGAAGCUGGAGAAAGUGGGGGACACGGAUAAAAAGGCAGCGUCAAGGGAGUGCUUCAACUUCCCCUAUCCGGGCACCGCUUCCUGCGAGCUCAUAUCUCGCACUCAUGAGUUAACUGCGAGCGAGCUCUUAAAGAACAGAACGUUUUACAACGAUGAGCUGGAGGCAUCAGACCAGUUCUAUAGAAAUCAGCCACAGGUGUUGCAGCUCUGCUAUGCCCUCUAUAACAUUCUUGCAGCCAGGUCAGAGACUGUGUGUUACCUGGUGAUAGUGUUAAACCACAUGGUGUCGGCCAGUUGUCUAACGCUCGUGCUGCCGGUCCUGGUGUUUUUGUGGGCAAUGCUGUCGGUCCCUCGCCCCAGUAAGGCAUUCUGGAUGACAGCCAUCAUCUACACAGAGGUCACUAUCGUCAUCAAGUAUUUCUUUCAGUUUGGUUUCUUUCCGUUUAAUCAAAAACUGGAUGUGGAUCGUUCCAAGCCGUUCCAUCCUCCCAACAUUUUGGGGGUAGAGAAGAAAGAAGGAUACGUUCUGUAUGACCUGCUGCAGCUCUUGGCACUGUUCUACCACCGUGCUACACUUAAGUGCCACGGACUCUGGGAUCAGACUGUAACCCUGGAAACCAAUGCCUCCAGUCACACUGAUCACCUGAAUAGUGAUACCGAUGACGCCAAAUCUAGCGGUGUGCUUCAUAGGACCAACACACUCCGACGCCGAGAGAGGAGCCGAACCCUCCCCAGCCCCACAAGGCUGCCAUCCCCUGCUGGCAGUGUGAGCUCCAGACCUGAGGUUUUCAGCAGCUUGGACCUCCUUUUGCAGAAACUCAGGGAACUCUCCAUAAGAGCCAAACACGUAGCUGUUAGCAGGUGUAUGUCUUUCUAUGAUCCUAUAUGUCAGUUCUUCAGAGCUCUCAUUCAGCCAGAGUACAAUGCUGUCACGGAUGUUUACGUCCUUAUGUUCCUCGCUGACACCAUUGAUUUCAUCAUCAUCGUCUUUGGCUUCUGGGCCUUUGGGAAACACUCGGCGGCUGCUGACAUCACGUCCUCUCUGUCGGAGGAUCAAGUUCCGGAAGCCUUUUUAGUGAUGGUUCUGAUCCAGUUUGGCACGAUGGUCAUCGACAGGGCUCUAUACUUAAGGAAGACAGUUUUGGGAAAGUUGAUUUUUCAGCUAAUUCUGGUUUUGGGAAUUCAUUUCUGGAUGUUCUUCAUUUUGCCGACCGUCACUGAGAGACGCUUCAAUCAGAACCUGGUGGCUCAACUCUGGUACUUUGUGAAAUGUGUUUACUUUGGACUGUCAGCCUAUCAGAUCCGAUCCGGGUACCCGACAAGAGUUCUCGGAAAUUUCCUCACAAAGAGUUACAACUACCUAAACUUGUUCCUGUUCCAGGGUUUCCGCCUGGUUCCCUUCCUCACAGAGCUCAGAGCCGUCAUGGACUGGGUGUGGACAGACACGACUCUGUCUCUGUCAUCGUGGAUCUGUGUAGAGGAUGUUUAUGCACAUUGCUUUGUUUUAAAGUGUUGGAGGGAGUCCGAGAAGAGAUACCCGCAGCCCCGUGGUCAGAAGAAAAAGCGCGUUGUGAAGUAUGGGAUGGGGGGCCUCAUAGUCCUGUUGUUGAUCUGCAUCGUCUGGUUCCCGCUGCUCUUCAUGUCACUCAUCAAGUCCGUCGCCGGCGUCGUCAACAGACCCCUGGACGUUUCUUUGACCAUCACCCUGGGCGGCUUUCAGCCAAUCUUCACCAUGAGUGCGCAGCAGAACCAGCUCCGAGACCUUACUGAAGAAGAGUUUAAUGCCUUCGUCAGCUCUUAUAGUUACACACCUAGCGCCUUGCAGUUUCUGGAAGCAUACACACACCAAGAUGUGACUGUGGCAGAGUUGCAGGGCAGUAGCAACUCUCUGUGGACUAUCAGUCCUCCAAGUCGAUGGUACCUGAGCCAGGUCCUGCACCUGGACCACUUCCCCCUGACCUUGUCCUGGACUGUGCAAAGGAACCUGAGUCUCGGGGCAAAGGCCGAACUAGCAUCGGGCAAACAUGUGACCUAUCUGGACAACCAGACUCGUCUGGAACUAAUUGAACUGCUGAAUGGAAACAGAACACUUCCUGUUGUGAUACAGGACGUGUUACCAUGUUUCCUCCGCGCUCCGAGCGAUUCCAAUGCCAAACCUAUUGAGCAUCUUUACACAGAUAACCAGUACAAGGACAUUCUGUUAGCUCUGAAGAGGUCUGCUAACCCCGGAAGAGAAAUACAAGAGUGGUGGAUUGUUGACCAACCGAGUGUCAGCUCAGUUCCACUUCAGGGCGAAGCGUCGCCGACAGUACAGAGGGAGGCGGGGCUUCAGCUCUUUGUAUUCAGCGACAAAGUCAGUCCUCCGAGUCUGGGCUUUUUGGCAGGAUAUGGCAUUAUGGGUCUGUAUGCCUCUGUGGUUCUGGUGAUUGGGAAGUUUGUGAGGGAAUUCUUCAGUGGUAUCAGUCACUCCAUCAUGUUUGAGGAGUUGCCAUGCGUUGACCGUAUCCUGAAACUCUGCACCGACAUUUUCCUGGUGAGAGAGACUGGGGAGCUGGAGUUAGAGGAGGAGCUUUACGCCAAGCUCAUCUUUCUCUAUCGCUCUCCCGAGACUCUCAUCAAAUGGACCCGCCGCUGAAGGACUUCCUGUACUGUGAAGAACUGCUCUUUACACUUGCUCUUUAGACUCUCGUCAGAUAUUGUGUGUCCGUUGUCCGGACGUUUUCCCGGCGCACCGUCGGACAUCGCUGACAAGGGUUUGAUCAAAUCGUUUUAACUGGAAAUCUGGAACUUGCUGUGUGAGCAAAACGAUGGGACACAGUAUUGUAGCUCGUCAUAACAGGAAUUAUCUCAGGAAACAGUCACGUCCUAGACCGCAGGAAUACUGAAUGGCGAUUGUUGAUUAUCGAAUACUACUAAGGACUAUUUCAUAUUACUAAUGUUUUAUCCUGGACAAGAGGAACUGAUGGAGUAGCUAAAAUAAAUCAGACCUGCAUAGGCACAGACAAGCACAACCAAUGGAAAACAUGGUUUAAGGACACGUUCUGAGAGAGAUAAUCUUUUUCCUGGAAAUGUAAUUCAUCUUAAAAUCUGGUAUUGCUCCAAAACUACCGUCUUU